ACGUCCAUCGUGAUCGAGGUAGAAGGGAAGCAUAGAAGAGAUCAUCAUUCUUUAAAAAUAGAACUUCGAAGGCCAAAUCCUCAGCUAACGUGACACUGCCUGUAGUUUGUGAAACGGUCAAACAACGUAACCAGUCCGAAGACUGACCUCGGUGCGUGAAGAACUAUCCAGAAAUAUUCCGCUGUGAAAUCACUUCCAAACGGCAAACGUGCAAACCGCCCCUGGUUCGCGAUCGGUUGCUACGAAUUUCCGAAUCAAAACAAAGGAACCGACCAAAAACAACACAUUCUGCCGAAAUCGGUGGAAGUGAUAAAAAAUAAAGCGGCUGCAUAACAAAGAAAGUGCAAGCAACUGCAUUUUGCUGUGCUGGUGUGUGUGUGUGUCAGUGUUUAACAAGAGCAGUGUCUGUUUUGCGUUUGGGAAGACUUUCGAGAGAAGACUGAGUGGAAAAAAACUCACGGCAAGAUGGCAGCUAUGGUAGCGCAGCGUGUGGGAUCCUUCGCGAGAUCCUUUGGUCGCAUUUAUGUCCUGACGUCGUCACCGUCGCCGUUGCCGGUGGCAGCAAGCGUGUACAAUCAGCGAUCGCGCGCGAUCGCGACUAGCACGACUACACUCUCAUCGACGGGCGCCAGCGCCGGGGGUAACGAUGGUAACAGCCCGACCGGGCACCUUACGAUGAGUAGCGCCAGCAAACAGCUGUCCGCCGCCGACAUCAAGCGCAUACCGGACGGUGAGGUGCGCAAGUCCGUCUUCAUCUCGCAGUCGAACGAUGUGUUCACCAACCUGGCGCUGGAGGACUGGAUCUAUCGGAACUUUGACCUGACGCACCAUCACAUCCUGAUGCUGUGGAUCAAUAAGCCGGCGGUGGUUGUCGGCCGGCACCAGAAUCCGUUCGCUGAGACGAACGUGUCGGCGCUGGAGCGCAGCGGGAUCGAGCUGGCCCGGCGGAACAGUGGCGGCGGGGCCGUCUACCACGACCUGGGCAAUCUGAACUGCACCUUUUUCAUGCCGCGGGCACGGUACGAUCGGAAGUACAACCUGAACUUGAUGAUCCGCGCCCUGUACCGGGAGUACGGUAUCAACGCGGAGUUGUCCGACCGGGACGACAUUGUGCUGCUGGGCAAAAAGAUAUCCGGCACGGCGGCAAAACUGGGCCAACCGAACGCUUAUCACCACUGCACGCUGCUGGUGAACUCGAACAAACUCCAUCUGGGAACAUCCCUUGCUAAAGAUAACGUUGAAAUAACAAGCAAGGCCACGGCAUCCGUCCCAUCACCAAUCAAGAACCUCGUCGAUGUGAACCGUACCGUCAACAUUCAACAGCUUCUGUCCGCCAUCGGAUAUGAAUUCCUGCGAACGCCGGCAACCCAGCUGACCGAUGGUGGUCGGGAGCUGCUGAUGAAACAGCGCGGCUUCCAGCUGAUCAACCCGACCGACAAAUGGUUCCCCGGUAUCACGGAGCUGCGGCAGAACUUUGCCGCGUGGGACUGGCGCUUCGGCAAGACGCCCGCCUUCUCCGUCCAGAAGGCGAUCCAGUUGAAGACGGGCGAGACGGCGGGUCAGCAACAGCAGCACGAGAUGAAGGUGAAGGUGGACGUGGAGAAGGCGCUGAUUAAGGAAAUCAGCCUCAUCCUACCCAACCACGAGCCGAUUCCAGUGGUGUCGGAUAUGAUCGGCCGACCAUACAGUGAGGAUUGCUUCCAUGGCAUCGCGGACGCCCUGAAGGGUGCCAACACCGAGAGCAUGCAGCAGACGAUGGGAUUAUGAAGGUUUAUUCUGCCAGCACUAGCGAGCGGGUCCGACGAAGGUGACGGACGGCGUUAGCUGCUGGAAAAAGAAGAACACCCCACCGAUCGCUCGCCGUUAUGGCUGAUUCAUAGAUCCCCUACGAAGCCAAGAGUUCGCACACCAGUGACCUUAACCCCUCCCUCCUCGGGGGGUUGACAAUCGUAGUUGUGAUUUACAUUCACGCCCCGCAACACGCAACAAUUGCAUGAAGUCGCACCGAAAGUCGCUCGUGGUUGACUCGUGGGGGCCUGUCCUACGACAUCGUUCGCGCACACCGUUAGCAACAAGCAAAAACUUUCUAGGCUCAGUUUCUAGGUCUCCUCGAUCGAACAAGCAACUCGAAAACAACUCCCUCCACCACCUUAAUCGUUUUCCUAAACGUUUACUUUACCGAACGUUCGAUGAAAUAGGCUAAUCUAAAUGAGAUUCCUUUGGAAAUCACGACCGCCAACGAGCCACCUCGCCUCCCGUCCCGCAUAAAAUACACCAUGUGGACAACACGCGCCGGUUGUCUUUGUCACCGGGCAAAGAACAGCGACGGCAGAAUGCACCGAUCGGGUUCGGGACCCCCGCGCCUCUGCUUGGUCAAUCGGUCGACCUUGCCUUAAUACGGCUAAUCAGCUGUUUGUGUGUGGCGGGUGGCGGGAUGCAAAAGCUGGGACAAGGAAACAACAGACAAACCAGACGAACGAUUACAAAGUAAUGAAGGCAAUAAGUGUGCUUUGCAUGCAAACAGAAACAACAUAUUUACACAAAGUAGUAGGCAUCGACAGUGAACCGCGAGACAAACAGUAAACGAUCUGCAACUGUUUUUUAGUUUUAGCACCCGAGACACGGUCAAUGAUAACGGCGAGAGACGAUGAAGCGACUAUCUGACUCCGUUUUUUGUUUUCUCUUCAUCAAUGCAACGUAAUAUUUUUCUCAAAGACGAUAAAAAUUGUGAUUAGGCGAAAUAAUGACUCCGGUGUGGUCAGUACGGCAGGGUUAACGUUUGCUUUACUCUCGAAACUGACCACCGAUCGUCACUAGCUCGUGUAUGUUAGUUUAAGUUUACUUGAUUAUGUGCUGGCUAAUUCACACCCAACUUCAAUAUGCACUCGGCCCUACAACUGGUUUGAAACAAAAAGAUAGAAACACCGCAUAAAUGUCUGCAUCACAAAAGCUUUCUUUCUUCUUUUGGCAUAAGCAAAACCGUAGAAGGCACAACCCUGAUAGGUUAAGAGCAUGAUAAACAGUUAUAAACUUUUCAAUUUAUUGCUUUCCGCUAGUUUUAGUUAGGUAAAUUCCGCCUCCCAGCCUGGGCCCCGUUUUUCCGUCUGUUCCGCCGUUCACGGCAUACCGGAUUGCAAAUCGAUCCUUGGGCAGGACGCGCGGGAGGAUACAUCAAGAAUACGAUCAUAUCAUUUCGUUUCGACAUACCGCUGACGAGUUUUAUAGUUAGUUGGCU